CUAAGAAACCAUUAAUUUUACAAAAAAAUUACAAGAAUAACUUUUUCCAGUAAAUCUAAUAACGAAUCCAUUGACACCUCAUUUGUCAAGAUUGAACAAAAAAUAAGGAUAAUUUCACUCUUUGCUGUAGGCUAGACAUUUUUGUGUUGAGACUGAAAGCUGUUUGGCCUCCACAACAGUUUCUUCAGAGUAAAGUGAAAGUGGCUCAAACAGCUUUCAGUUUCUCCAAUGUGAGUGAAGUAAACAGCUUCCAGUUCCAGACUAUAAAAGCUGAUUUCUAGUCUGGAGUUAUACACUCUGUAUUCAAGGAAGCACUUGGAGGUGUAGCCUACUUAUACAGAAAACAUCUGUGCAUAUUCUUCUACCUUCCAAGUUGGAAAACAUGGAGGAACCUGUAGUUAAAGAAAACAAAAUGGAGAGAAGUCACCCUAAUGGGAAGCUAUUCUGAACCAGGACAUGAAAAUGGAGGAGUUCAAUAAUAAUUGAGGCCAGUUCAAUCCUCCACUACCAGGAUAUCACCAAGACAAAAAUUCUUGGAAUACCACACUCAUCUCCAUACAUCAUCAUAUCAUGGUAGAAAGGUAUUUCAAUAAGACUAAUUGAUAUUAAGUUUAGUUUAGUUUUUUAUGUAUAUUAAAAAACAUACAAAAAUGUAUAGGCCCAUUACAGAGAGAGGUAUAAAUGGAAACUGUUUGCGUUUUAGAUGGGAUAAGUUUGAAAUUAUUGAUCCUAUAUUGAUAUUUCAAAGCUUGAAACCAAUUGUACUUGAUAUAUGUUUAAGAGAAGCUGAAAAAUUUAAUUAUAAUAUAAAAUGGUAUGUUGCACUCAAAUUAAAGCUAAAGAAAUUAGUUGCAGAUCAUGAAAUGGAUACUACACCAACAUUUCAUGGGAUAGCACGAACAAUUCUACAAAUUCAAGAUAACAUAAAUGAGUUUAGUGUUCAAUGGGAUGAAGCAGAAGGUAUUAUAUGGAAUAAAAUAGAUAAAUUCAUACAAUAUGGUAGUGGUUGGGUGAUUAAUUCAAUUGAAUGUUUCGAUUUGAAUAUUGUUUGCUACAAACCAAUAUAUUCAGGAACAUAUGUGCCAACUCCCAAAAAGCUUGAUAAUAAGAAAUCAACUAUUAAUAUAAAAAAUGAGGAUCAAAGGUGCUUCUUAUGGUCAGUACUAGCUUACUUCAAUCAAGACCAAAAACACAAUAGAGUAAGAGAUUUAAAAAAAUACUCACAUUCAGUUAAUGUUGGGGAUUUGGAAUUCCCUCUAAAAAUAGAAGACAUUCCAAAAUUUGAGAGUUUGAAUGUAGAUAUUUGUAUAAAUGUCUAUGAUUAUAUAGAAGAGUGUGACACUAUCUCCCCAAUCUAUGUAUCUAAAUAUCAAAGUAGAUUGCAUAAAAUAAAUUUAAUCUUGCUAGAGGAUAAACAUUUCAUUUAUAUAAGGAAUCUUUCAAGACUCACUCUUGCAAAUGUGGCUAGUUCAUACAUUCCAACCCCCAAAAAACUUGCUAAUAGGAAAUCAACUAUUAAUAUAAAAAAUGAAGAUCAGAAAUCAUUCUUAUGGUCAGUACUAUCAUUCUUCAAUGAAGAUCAAAAACACAAUAGAGUAACAGACCUACAAAAAUACUCACAUUUAGUUAAUGUUGGGGAUUUGGAAUUCCCUGUAAAAAUAGAAGACAUACAAAAAUUUGAGAGUUUCAAUGAAGAUAUUUGUAUAAAUAUUUAUAAUUAUGCAGAAGAGAGUGACACCAUCUCCCCACUCUAUGUAUCUAAAUAUCAAAAUAGAUUGCAUAAAAUAAAUUUAAUCUUGCUAGAGGAUAAACAUUUCAUUUAUAUAAGGAAUCUUUCAAGACUCACUCUUGCAAAUGCAGCUAGUUCAUACAUUCCAACCCCCAAAAAACUUGCUAAUAAGAAAUCAACUAUUAAUAUAAAAAAUGAAGAUCAGAAAUCAUUCUUAUGGUCAGUACUAUCAUUCUUCAAUGAAGAUCAAAAAACAAUAGAGUAACAGACCUACAAAAAUACUCACAUUUAGUUAAUGUUGGGGAUUUGGAAUUCCCUGUAAAAAUAGAAGACAUACAAAAAUUUGAGAGUUUCAAUGAAGAUAUUUGUAUAAAUAUUUAUAAUUAUGUAGAAGAGAGUGACACUAUCUCCCCACUCUAUGUAUCUAAAUAUCAAAGUAGAUUGCAUAAAAUAAAUUUAAUCUUGCUACAGGAUAAACAUUUCAUUUAUAUAAGGAAUCUUUCAAGACUCACUCUUGCAAAUGCAGCUAGUUCAUACAUUCCAACCCCCAAAAAACUUGCUAAUAAGAAAUCAACUAUUAAUAUAAAAAAUGAAGAUCAGAAAUCAUUCUUAUGGUCAGUACUAUCAUUCUUCAAUGAAGAUCAAAAACACAAUAGAGUAACAGACCUACAAAAAUACUCACAUCUAGUUAAUGUUGGGGAUUUGGAAUUCCCUGUAAAAAUAGAAAAAAUUCCAAAAUUUGAGAGUUUCAAUGAAGAUAUUUGUAUUAAUGUGUUGAGUUAUGAGGAUGAGAAGGAUAUUAUAUAUCCCAUAUUUACAUCUAAGAAUAGGGGAAGGAAGCAUACAAUAACUCUUCUUUUCCUAAAAAAACAACAUUAUAUUCUAGUGAAGAAUUUAUCAAGAUUGUUGUCUGAUCAAACAGAACAUCAUGGAAAAGUCGAGAUAUGUCCCUAUUGUUUGCAUAGAUUCACAAAGAAAAAUGCUCUUGCUAAUUUAGAAAAACAUCUAGAAUUAUGUUCAUUGAAUAAAUGUCAAAGAGUUAGAAUGCCACAAGAGGGGGAGAUAUUGAAAUUCUCGAAUUAUAGUUACACUCUCAAAGUUCCAUACAUUAUAUAUGCAGAUUUUGAAUGUAUGAUUAUUGAUAAUAUUCACAAACCUUGUGGUUAUGGUUAUUUGAUAAUAGAUGAAGAGGGGGAGAUAUAUUAUGGUCCAAAAAUUGUUAGGGCCAAUAGCUUGGAGGAAUCUGAGAAAUUGAUUGAUAAUUUCAUAGAUGAAUUAGAAACACAUAGUGUUAUAUUGAAAAAGAAAUUGCAAACUAUUAUUGAUAUGAAUUUCACUACAGAAGAUGAAAAGACAUAUUUACAACAAAA